ACACCUCGGAAGAACGAUUACGAAUCUUCCACAAUUUCAGAGUUCAAGCUGUUUUGUGGUAACUCCAUGUGAAAAUUAUGGCUGCUAAUAUUAUAAAUCGUUUAAACAAUGCCAUAAAUAAUAUUGAACGAGCUAUCGGUCGAAUUUUGAAUCAAGGAUUUCCUCCAGCAGGGUCGAUUGGAGCUUUUGCAUAUGAUUUUGAUGGACCAUCAAAUGUGCCCAAACAAUCACACAAACCUGCGACUCCUUUCUCUUUGAAGGAUAUUGUUGGCAGUGGUUUUUUAUGGGCUGUACCAAAAACUCGACGACCAAUUGAAAAAAGACUAACUCGCAAGUUUGGAUUGCCUGAUGAUCCAACUAAAAUUAUUAAACCCAAGACGAAUCUCAUAAUGUGUCCGAACUGUGGUCACGAUUAUGAAGCAAACACCAUUUGUGGGCACUGUUAUGCCAGAGUCAAGGCAGAAACUGCAGAACUACAGGAAAAAAUAGUGGAAACUUUGGGUCUGAAUCCUGUGGAGAAAGAAGUUAUUGUGCUUUACGAGAAUGAAAAGGAAGACAAAGAUGCAGAAUUCUGGAAAACUCAACAAAUUGUCGAAAUACCAAAAAAGCGACCGGCUUGGUUUCACAGUAAUUUGACGCAAUCAACAACGCAAGAACCCUCAGACAGCAAGGAAGUUAAACCAUUGGAGUUGGCUUAACAUUUUUUACAAAAUUAUGAAAAAAAUAGUGUACCUUUUGUAGAAUUGAAUUCCUUCCAUACCCAGAGACAUCAAUGGAAAUAAAUAAGAACAGAUAAAUGAUAA